AGCAACGAUGCAGUUGGCGGCAAGUAACCUCACAGCACCUGCCCUUCUCGUCAGGUAGGAAAACAAAUCUUUGAUUCGGCUCGGUCGUAAGCAGAAGCUGCUGAGUGCUGUCCGCCUGCUGCUGAUUUUCCGUCGAAAGACAAAUGACUCUCAACUUCGGUUCGACGCCCGCGUUCGGCGUUGCCCCUUCGACAGGCGCGACCGGCUUCGGCUUCGGCACCCAGGCGGCAACAACCAAACCUGCUGAAUUUGGGUCGAAUUUGACAUUUGGGGCUCCCGCUACUACUUCAACACCCAGUUUCGGCUUAGGUUCAAAUGCUCAGACGACAGCAUCAACCGGUUUCGGGUUUGGCACUGGCUUCGGUACGACUGCCACAUCCCAGCCAACUGCUUUUAGUGGAUUCGGCUCAUCAGCCACGACGACGACGACCUUCUCUGGCUUUGGCGCGCCGGCACCGACCACCUCGAGUUUCUUCGGCUUCGGCUCUUAUCCAUCAACUACCACAUCAGCCCCGUCAUUAUUCUCAGGCUUCGGCCAGCAAAACACACUUUCAUCAUUCGGUUUAAAACCCUUUGGCCAGACUCAAUCGACCUUUGGGCUGGGAAGUUCUUUAGGACAAGGCCUGGGUCAACAACAACAACAACAACUUCAGCAGCAGCAGCAACAGCAACAACAAUCUGGUGUGGAGCAGGUCACGAAUUCUGUUUUCAAUUGUGCUAUGUUUGGUGAUGAACACGACAAAACGCUUUCCAAGCUGAAUUUUCUACAGGCUUGUUGGGGAACGGGCAAAGGUUAUUACAAUACAAACAUCCCACCUGUCGAAUAUACUUCAACCAAUCCUUUUUAUAAAUUUAAAUCAAUAGCGUAUAGCUCAAAACCAUCUGUUGACGCCAAGGACGGUCUAGUGGCAUUGCAAUUCAAUAAAAAGGAGGAAGACAUAAGAAAACAGCAAGAUGCAUUGAAAUCAUCAUUAUCUGCAGUACUCGGUAAUAAGCCUAAUCUUGCUGUUAAUGUGGAUAAUAUAAGACCAGUGUCAGACAAUUCGGCAAUUGUUUUCAUCUAUGUUGAAGAAAAAUUUCCAAAUGGCCAGACAAAACGAAUAUCAAACACAAAUCUAACAAACUACUUGAUGCAAAUGACCCAGAAGUCGCAACUCGAAAAUAUGGGUGUCUGCCGAGCGUAUCCGAUCAACUCGCCGGACGAAGAGCAGAUCAAAGAGUACCUCAGCGUCCCGCCACCCGGCGUGGACCCUGUCAUAUGGAAAACUGCACAGGCAAACAACCCAGACCCUAAGAAUCUCAUCCCCGUGCCGAUUAUGGGCUACGGCGAAGUCAAAUGGCGUUACCAUUGUCAAGUUGAACAGACAAAGCGGCACCAGGCAUUCAUUGAUAAGAUCGCAGAGGAAAUACUGAACCUCAAAAGCGAAAAUGAAUCAUCAAGGCUGAAACUGUUAGAAUUUAAGCAAAAAAUUGUUGAAAUUGAUCACAGAAUUUUAAAGUUGAUGGUGAAGCAGCAGGCCACGAGGAAUAUUGGUGUUGCUCUCCAACCAGAAGAAGAAGUUAUGAGGAGCAGAUUAGAUAGUGUUCAAAAUCAAUUGAACGCACCGCAGUUUAGUGGAAGGUUGAAUGAGCUUUUGACACAAGUCAGACUGCACAAACAGGAAGCGACACAGGAAAAUCUGGACGCUUAUAAAAUGACGGAUACGAUGCAACAAGAAAUUAAACAGUUUUUAUUGAUGCAACAAGAGGGCAUCAAAUCACUCAUCGAGAUCAUGCAAAGUGAUAUGGCUGACCUCAAGGCGAUAGAACAACAGCUGAAGAAAAAAUGACACAAGAUUUCUAGCCGGAGUUUUGUACACGUAAAACAUUAAACAUAACAGUUUGGAUAUAUUUAUUGGGAUAUUUGUGUAAAUACAAUUUUUUUUCAGGAUUUC